AUGCGGUUCAUUCUCGUUUGCCUCGCAGCUCUUGCGUCUUCCGUCGCAGCCUAUGAGGUCAGCACUCCGAUGACGGGUGAUCGAAUCUUCCUCCAGGCGGGCACCACAAUUACAUGGACCGCUGUUAACACCGAUAAUCCGUCCUUUGAUCUCUGGCUGGUCAACAUGCGACACUUCCCCAACUAUGCCAGGCGUAUCGAUCAAGGUAUCAACAGGGAUGCCCAAUCAUACAGAGUUCAAGGUGUGAGCGGUGUUCCGGCAAACGAUGGCUAUCAAUUCAACUUUGUCAGACGCAACGCCGAUGAGACGGAGGCCAAGGAGCGUCCGUUAGCGCAGUCAAAGGACUUCAUCGUUACCAGCGCAGGUAUCAUUUGA